AUGGCUGCAUACACACAGAACCCGAACUUCAAGCCGCUACCGCCACUGGACAGCUACCCUCAGGGGAGUUACUCACAGGGUCAUCAACUUCAGUACCAGCAUCAGCAACACCAUUUGCAACAGCAAUCCGGCCCUGAUGGCGUCCAGCGGACCCCUUCGUUCGUAGGACUGCCCCCUAUCCGACGCGAGUCCACGUUUGGUUCUUCGCUUGGCCUGACGGCAGAAGAGUUCUCGGCCAGCGACAACAGCACCGAGGGCGCCUCCCAGCAGCAGCAAACCCAGCAGUCCCAGAAGCUUAACUCCGCACCCCGGGGAGGUUCGACGCAACCAGCCAUGGCCCCACCUCAGCAGACCGGCCAUCAGUUCAUGCCUACCUCGCAACCCUCUAGCCAGUUCGUACAACACGUCUACCGGCCAACUCAGGGUGCUCAAGCCUCUCAAGCUGGUCAGGGGCCGGCACCGCAGGGCCAGACAUGGCAGCUGCAGGGUCAGAAUGCCGGACAGACCCACGGCUUCCCGAAUGCCGCCUUCCAGCAUGCUGCCAUGCGCGGCCAGGGGCACGCUCAAGCACCCGCGAGAGCGUUCGGCCCGGCUUCCGCGACCGCCCACCCAGCCAUGAAUGGGUCGGCACAGCAUAUGGCUCAAGGACAGCAAUUCGCACCCGCUGGCGGACGUCCCAUGAUGGUCCCUCCCCAUAUGUUUCCUGGUAACCUGGCUCAAAGGUUCCAUCCCCAGGGCGGCGCCUGGACUCCGCAGGAAUCACAUUUGUCCGAACCUCUCCAACCUACGAGCCGCCACCGCCACUCGCCAAGUAAUGCGUCGUCACAGCAGCAGCAGCCUUUCUAUGGCUUCGAUAAGGAGACCGGCCUGCCCGCGACCACCCCCACGAUUCAGCGGCAGAAGCCCUCGCAAUCCCCGCAGGCCCCGCAGGCCCCGCAGGCCCAACUGCCCCAUCAAAACCAACAAAUCCAGCAGGCCGGGGCUCAACAGGCGCAACCGGCUACGGAGACAGAGGCAACGAAUCAUCGGAGCCCGGCUACUCAGCAGCAACCCGACGGAGCUGCCUUGGCCCGGUUGCAAUCCCACCAGUCCCAUCAGGGCGAUCUGGCGCGGCCCGGUGUUGCACCCAAUUCCGAGGACGGACAGGGCAAGCGCAACUCGGGCGUUUUUGCCAGCCUCAGGGGCCGGCUUGGUGGCGGUCACCCAGAUGGGCGCCAUGGCUCCGAGAGCGGGCCCAGACCCCAGGCUGUUGACGGCGAUGCCGCGUCCAUGGCGAGCAUUGUGUCCGAGGAACCACAGCGGGGGAACCCGGUCUUUGGUCCGAAGGGCGGAGUGCAUACACCGGACAGCCUCUCUUAUAGCCAAAGCAAAGACAGUGUCGUUGCUCAUGGGCCCGGAACGCCUCUCGGCGAGCGGAUGCAAUCUGCUCAGCCUUCCCAGUUUGCCCCCCCCGGAAGAAAGCCCACUGGUUUCUUCCACAUUGGUUCCCACAACACGCCCAUCCAGCCGGGCGGCCAAGCUCGCCCUGACAUGUCCCGGACCUCUACGUCUACCAAUGCGACGGAGCAUAAGCACGCCGGAAGCACUGGCGGUCCCUCAAAGAAGCGCUUCUCGGCCCUCAAGGAUGUGUUCCACCGCUCGUCUCCUCGUGAGCCCAAGACUUCUUUUACCGUAAGGAUGCCCCCCCAAACAUCCCCUCAGGGCCCGCCUCAGGGGUUACCUCAGGGUCAGUAUCAGAGCGGUUCUCAGGGUCCAACUCCGCCUGCUGGACCUAGCCCACAGUCGGGCCCAAUGAAUCUCACUGAACCUCAGCUCAGUCCGAGCAAUGCUUCACUUGCUCCUCCUGCCCCCACUUCCGCUCCCGCCCCUGCAUCGCAGCCAGACGCGGCAAGUGGGCAGUCGGCGGCCGGACAAGAGCGCAUCGCUCCUGUCACUCUUCUCAAGCAUCCUGGCUAUGGCCCCCCGCCCAUGCAGCCUCCACAAGGUCACAUUCCGAAUCAAAACCAAGGUCGAAAGCCGAGCGGAGGCGUUUUUGGGUUUUUGAGGGGUCGGGCAGAUUCCAAGUCCCAGGAAACGCCGCAACCUCAGGGCUAUCCCUUCGGCUCGGGACAGUAUACGGCAUCCCCUCCUGGACAGCGUCCGAUCGCGGGACAACAGUAUGGCAUGCGUAUGCCUCUGGGCCCUGAUGGCCGGCCGCUUACAGGCACUGGCCAACAAGCAUACUCAGGACAGUUCCCACCACAGGCGCAUUUCAUGCAACACGGUCCUCCCGGCACCGCCGAUUCCUUUCAGUCACGAGGUCCGGGGGAAGGUCAACGUCCCGCAAUGCCGUCGCCACAGCAGUCCGCAACUGAAGGCCAGGGGCCAGGUGUGCAGGCUACCGGUCAGAGGCCGCCAAUGCCGACGCAGCCAACUCAGUCAUCGAUCCAAACACAGCCAGAGAACAAGCUGGAGCAGGAUCAGCAGCAAGGCCCCUCAACCACGUUCCGUCAGACUCAGCAACAGUCGACGCCGCAACAAGAACCGGCCAAGCCUGUUGAGCCGACCCCUGUCGCAUCUACCGUGGACUCGCCUGUCUCGCAACAUUCCCAGACAGCGACUCAGUUUGCCAUCGAACAAGCGCGGUUCCAAGCCGAAUCUCCAGUCAGCAUGAGGCAACCAUACGCGGCGCCACAGAUUGGCCAGGAUCAAGCGUAUCGCCAGACGCCUGGCGUCCAGAACGCCGCUCCGACUCCCGCUGAGCAAGCUAUCUCUCAGAAAAUUCAGCCACCGUCUAUUUCUGCAACUGAUCGAUCUGCGGCACAGGGUACUGACUCCGGAGAUGUCGGUGUUCAGCGACCAGUUUCCCCUGUGUCGCAUGCUCAGAUCCCUCUCUCCGGUAUUCCGGGCGAGCAGAUAGAACGCAUGGCGCCGGCUACAGGCGCUCGAAUGCCAAGCGUGGAAACCAGGGCGCCCUCGCGUCAGUCACCCACAACUGCUUCGCCAGGACAAAAUGCUCCGCCAUCGGCUUCGCCUCCGGGCUCGACACCUGGACACUCGGUGGAAGCCUCCAGGCCGUUUCAGAUGCCUCCGGGUCAGAUUGCGAAUCAAUUUGGCUUCAGGCCGGGCCAACAAGGAGCCGGGCAAGGAUAUCCUGCUGGCCAAGGCCCCUGGACGGCGCAUCAGCCCGAAGCUGCGGUCCCUCAGUUCCGCCAACAGUUUACACCGGGCACCACCCGUCCGAACGGCGUCCCGAUGAACGCUCCAGCGAAGGAGAAGGAGAAGGACCAGAGCACAUUCUCCAAGCUGUUGUUCGGUGGCAAGUCCUCGACCCCGGUAGCACCUGCACAAAAGGCCGAGAAAGAGAAAAGCUCCAAGCCUUCGCUCAUGAACGCAUUCAAGCGUAAACAGUCUGACUUGGGGCCUGCAAGCCAGAUUGCCCCCGGCCGGCCCCCUCAGGAUCAACCCCCUGUGGGAAUGGGCUCAUUUGGCGCGAAAUCCCAGCCCAAGUCUCAGCAGCAUGAGCAGCAUCAGCAGCAUCAGCAGCAUCAGCAGCAUCAGCAGCAUCAGCAGCAUCAGCAGCAUCAGCAGCAUCAGCAGCAUCAGCAACAGCAAGGACUAGGCCCGCGUCCCGGUAUGAUGGCCCAGCAAUCGAAUCCUCAACAGGGCGUUCCUGCUGCCGCUCAGCUUCAGGUGCAGGGACAGCCCCACCCCAUGAUCGGUGUCCCCAUCAGCCAGCACCCUCGCGAACAAAUCCGUCCGCCAGUGCAGGAACCCAAGUAUGACCAAGUCCCGAUUCCGGCUGGGUAUGGGUAUGUUCACGGCGAAGGGCGAGUGGCUCCUGCUCCGGCGCAUAUCUUCGUUGGCUCCGGUCUGCCCGCCGGGCCAGUCGUGCAACCGGGUUUCCCCCAUCAGCAGUGGGUCCAACCUGGUGCUCCGGUUGCCCAAGGUGCUCCUGCUGGUGUAGUUGCUCAGCCGCCCGUGCUCCAACCAGCCAAUGGGCCUCAGACGGCGUUGACCUCCCAGGUUGCUUCGAGUCCCAUGUCCCAGACUCCUGCUCCCCAAGCUGCGGACUCUGCUAAGCAGGGACACGUAGGUGAUGCUGAGAAGGGCGAGCGGAGCUCUUCUCCGGCCGAUGUCCAGGCGGUCCAGCAACCCCAGCCGGCGCUGGCAACCGCUGUCACUCGUCCUGAUGAGGUUUCACCUCAAUCAUCUACCUCAACACCCGCCCCACAGGGCUUUGAGCCCAGCAUCUCGCCACCUGAGGAACAAGCCCAGCCCCGGGUGGAGCCGGCUCGCUCGCGUAUCCAAGAGAACAGCGUUUCUCCGCCACCCCAAGCUCAGUACACGGCUCCUGCGCAGUCUUAUCGCUCGCCAAAUCCGCCCAUCACAUCAGAAACGAGGCAGCUGCUCCAUGGUAGGAAUGUGAGCGAGGAUGGCAUCGCAUCGCUCCCGUCGCAGCGGCCCGGGCGCAUGCAGUCCCCGGCUUCCGACGCCGCUUCGACGACUGCAACCAGCUUGACCCCCCUCCCUGCUAACGCGUCCCCAAGACCGCAGCCCACGCCGGGAUGGACAGUCAGUCCGAUUCCCCCGGCGCAGGCGAAUGCCGACGUGGGUCGAGACUCGGGAGCCGUGAGCCCCGAGCCGUCUGCUCGCGGUCUCUCGCCGGUCGCCGACAAGUUGACGACACCGAUCCAGCGUGUUGCGGAUGACAAUAUCUACGACGCGACGCCGCGUCAGUCGCAGUUCCCUGCCGAGCAGCAGCAGAAGCAGCAACACCAGCAAGCCCAGGCACAGUUCCAGCCACAGCCGCAGCCGCAGCAGAGUGACGUUGUUCAUCAGCAUUUCACCCAGCAGCAAACCCAUUCCCGCGGCAGCGACGUCGCUAACGCCACUAUCGUCAUCAACGGCCAAGUCGGACCCAAGUCCGCGGGCCCCUCGCACGAAGUCACCCGGCCUUCACAACAACAACCAACCGUGUUACCCUCCCCACCGGAGCCGCCAGCGCACUCCGCAUCAUCCGCCCCGGACGCCGACCGCCACGACGACCAAGGGGAUCACGACGAUGACUUAGACUUCGACUCCGACAUGGAAUCCCCGGUGAUCCAAGACGCGUCCAUCGCGACAGUGCAGCAGGCCAACUCGAGCAGCACAGCCGCCAGCCCUACUGCUGUGAACGCAACGGAAGCGGCCAAGGACAGCGUCGCCAUCUUUGAGCGGGCCAAGAAGAAGGCCGAAGAGCAGCGCGAGGCCGAGAUACGGCGUGUGCUGGAAGAGAAGAUCCCCGUAUUUUCUCAAGAGGAGUUUGACAGCAUGAGUGGUGGGGGGAAGAAGAGGGAGGAGGAUCCGGUGCCGCAGAUGAGUGCCACGAGUUAUCCGGGACAGGAGUGGAAUCCGUAUGGGGAGGGAGGUUUUGAGGAUUGGAAUGAAUGA